UUAUUUCUGAAACUAUUGUUUUUAAAUCCUUCAUCCCCAAUAAUCCAUUCUCCUUUCAUUUGUGGUUGCAUUUGGUUUACCCCAAACCCUCUCCUUUAUCCAAUAUGGUUUAAACUCCUCCCCUUAUCCCCCCAAACAUGACAUUUGGUUUGUUCCAACCCCAUCUUUCGCUGGUUACGUUAUGGUACAGCCUGGCAAGGGACUGACCUCAUGCACAACCAUGUGCUCGCGGACACCAGCCUCACCGUCGCUGGUAUCCCUGGCAACCCGCCUUGUUCUGACCAAUCAGAGGACUCGGAUUAUGACAGUCUCUGGAACGCCCAUAGUUACAGGACUGCCUCAUUUUCUCGCUCCAGCAGGAAGGAUGUACACAUGUUGUUCCCGGAGGAAGAGAAGAUUAUAGUGGAGGAGACCAGGAGCAACGGACAAACUGUGGUGGAGGAGAGGAGUCUGGUGGACACGGUGUACAGCCUGAAAGACGAGGUCCAGGGACUCAAACAG